ACAUACAAUUUAUUAUUAUAUUUGUUUUACUCCUGAUUUGUUUGUCUAUGACCCUUGACCGGGUUAGAAAUAGCGGUCAUCUCUCAUGACGACAGACAAACAGUCACAUAAAUGCUCAGGCUGUCAGAGCCAUGACCUCCUUUUUUUUCUUCUGUGAGCAUUGUGCCAAGUUCUCCACCUUUGCAAAUAAGAUAAGAGCACAACUGCAAGAACUCUCCCAGCGCCACGGUCGACAAAAUGGAGGAGACUUUAGAGAAAGAGAUCCCGCCAUCCGGAGCAAAAGAUUCUAAUGAAGGUGGAAUUCGGCUGCGAUUGAGAGACAGAGACCUGUUGAAGAAACGAAAAGCCGAGGCGGAGGAAAAGGCAACCAACCAGUGGGUUUAUGGGGCACAAAGCAUUAAAAGAGCGAAAAAGAAGAGCAGCGGUACCCCAGGAAGGAAAGGUCGGCCAAGAAAAGAACCACCUGAAGUUCUUCUUGAAGAUUUCGACCGGGUUCAAGAAACAGAUCCUUCUCCCGUCACGCUUCCUAUUACAGAAGCCGAGUUACCCACGAUAGCAGAGACAGUGCCUUUAGUACCAGCUGAACCGCAGCCGGAGCUGGUGCCAAUGGAAACAGUUAGCGAAAAACCUCUGGAGUUUCUGAUUGAGGAUCUGGGGCCCGACGAGGAGGAAGACAUGCCUCAAAACAGCCUCAUUAUUGAUGCAGGAGAUGACGAGCAGCCGUGUGCCGAGCUGAGCGGUCAAGUCUCAAUCCCAGCGUAUCCUCAGGAAUCUGCUUCUUCUCAACCAGAGAGUCUAGCUGAGAAUCUAAUCUUCUGAGCGUCUCAUUUAAAGCAAUAAAUAUUACGUAACUUACCAUUUCAAAGGAUGUCCAAUCCCAAAACAAGAACAAAUGUAUAUUUAUUAAAAUUCUCCAUGUAUAUAUGCCACAAAACAACAAAAAUACUAAACUUUCAAGACAUUGUUAAUAAAGAACUCAAAUUGUUACAGUA